GGAAAGGUGAGCAGUGAAAGCGGAUAUGGAUCGGGUUUGUCCGGGUUCCCCAUUCAAUUUAUUUCUCUCUUUCACACACACUCACAGCGAGUCGAUAGACUGCAAACCGAAACGAAACCCUUUUGUUUUGCCACACUUAUUUGAAGUCUUAUCUUCAAUCGCAGUCAUUUCAAAACCGCAAUUCGGUGGCUGAAUAUGGCGGUGUCUUCGGGCGUCUUCUCCACUUUCUUCGUCAGCCAAUCGGCGUCCUUCGUGAAGUCGUCUCCCGUCGCCGUCAUGCGCGCACCGGCUAAUCUUCCUGUGCGCGCCCUUACAAUAACGGCGGCGUCCAAGCAGGCGACGGAGACGGAGACGGAGACGAAGAAGCGGGAGCCGAGGGGAAUAAUGAAGCCGCGGAGAGUGUCCCCGGAAAUGCAGGCGUUCCUCGGCGGCGUGGCUGAGAUUCCACGAACUCAAGCACUUAAAGAGAUUUGGGCUUACAUCAAACAGCAUGACCUUCAGGACCCAGCCAACAAAAAAGUGAUCAUCUGCGAUGAGAAUCUGAAAACGAUAUUUGCUGGGAAGGAUCGCGUUGGCUUCCUUGAGAUUGCUGGGUUGAUCAGCCCUCACUUUCUGAAGUGAGGAGGUGCUGACGGAGCAAGAAUAGUUUGGCCUUGCAGAUCUUAAAAGUGGAGAACCCUUUCUGUAAAUGAAGUGUUAUGUUGGUUGGCAGUAUCGUACUAGGAAAACUCUAGCAAACACAAGCUCUUAUAUUUUCUUCGUUUAUACUAGAUUUUACUCUCGUCGUCAACAAUGGGGAGUAAUUUUGCCUUUUGGAUCCGACAUGUAGCCUUGAAAUGCCAUUGGUUGAACUGACUGAUUUACUGGUUUAUGGUUUAUCUUUCAUCUGCCUA